AUGACAUCACUGCAGCCCGUCCUCUCCCUCCCUCACCACAUCCAUCUCAGUCACUGCACCAUCACCCCCUCUGCUCACAUGGUCCUGCUGCGGCGCCAUCACCCCCUUUGCACACAUGGUCCUACUGCGGCACCAUCACCCUCUGCACACAUGGUCCUGCUGCUGUACCAUCACCCCCUCUGCACACAUGGUCCUACUGCGGCACCAUCAACCUCUGCACACAUGGUCCUGCUGCUGUACCAUCACCCUCUCUGCACACAUGGUCCUGCUGCGGCACCAUUACCCUCUGCACACAUGGUCCUGCUGCGGCACCAUCACCCAUGCACACAUGGUCCUGCUGCGGCACCAUCACCCCCUCUGCUCAAAUGGUCCUACUGCGGCACCAUCACCCUCUGCACACAUGGUCCUGAUGCGGCACCAUCACCCUCUGCACACAUGGUCUUGCUGCGGCACCAUCACCCUCUGCACACAUGGUCUUGCUGCGGCACCAUCACCCUCUGCACACAUGGUCCUGCUGUGGCACCAUCACUCUCUGCACACAUGGUCCUGCUGCAGCACCGUCACCCCCUCUGCACACAUAGUCCUACUAUGGCACCAUCACACCCUCUGCUCACAUGGUCCUGCUGCGGCACCAUCACCCUCUGCACACAUGGUCCUGCUGCUGCACCAUCACCCUCUGCACACAUGGUCUUGCUGCUGCACCAUCACCCUCUGCACACAUGGUCUUGCUGCAGGUCAAGCAAUGGUUUAGCACAAUUCAAAGACCGGGAAAAGAUUUAA